CUGAAACUCAGGAAAAUGAAAAACUUUGUCCUUAAAUUGGGGAAAUAUUCCACUACAGUGACCGUUAAAGCUCCACACAAGAUUACAGAGACCGCUGCACCGUGUUCCCCCACAGGAUGGUCUGAUCGCCCGCGGCUGCCGUCGCAGAUUGAUGACGUACACAUCAUGGCGUCCAGCUCGAGGAAAAGGGAUGGCCGGACCUUUGCGAAGAAAGUUCAUCCCGGCCCGGGGCUCAGAGGCCGGCAGAGAUCACAACAAAAGCAGCGGUGGAUAGCGAAUCACUUCAAGAAAGGUUGGGGCAGUGUUAGAGAAGGGCAAGGUUUUGCUUUCCAACAGAAGGAGAAGAUCAAACAUGAGUAUAAGAAAAUAUUGAGAAAAGAAAGGAAAGCACAGCAUUCCAAAGAAAUACAGUUUAAUGAGAAUUACCCAGAUCAUUUGCGACACCUGUAUCUGGCUGAAGAAGAGCUGCUUAAGAAACAGUCAGAGAAAGCCAAAAAGAACAAAACUGCCUCGAUAGAUCAACCAACUUUGCAAACAGAGGAGAAAAAAAAGAAAAAGAGAAAGUCAUCAUAUCAAAAGAUCAAAGAGGAAUUUGAAAAACGGCAGGCAGAAAAAUUAAAACAGAAAGAGGCAGCUGAGAAACGUCAACAAGAAAAGGAAGAGGCGCAGAGAAAAUACAAAGAAGAUAAAUUAGAAAAGUACAGAAUACUUAGCAAAAAAACAAGAAAAGGACAGCCAAACCUAAACCUACAGAUGGAAUACCUGCUUAAAAAGAUACAAGAGAAUUGGGGCACAAAAUAAAAUCACAUACUUUUGA